UGCAAUUUUUUUAUUUUUAUUUUUAGCUAAAAUGACAAUUUUGUUAUCAAAAUAAAAACACAGUUAUGUGUAGUGAUAAGAAGUAAUCACCAACCACAGUAUCAGCUAAAUACUAGAAGUCAUGUCAGCAAAAUUACAACAUAUACAGAAUCUGCGACAGAUCUUCGAACGUUCGGUGGAAGCUGUGCGGCCGGCGCAAUUGCUUAGUGCGGCCAACCAGUAUGCCUUGCGGCCACAGGUAAGCAUGGAUGGACGCCGCUUGAGCAUACAAAUACAGGGUAAAACUUUGGAUAUAACACGUAAGCAUUGUCAUGUUGUUGGUUUUGGUAAAGCUGUGCUUGGCAUGGCAGUGCAAUUGGAAAAAUCGCUCGAAAAACGGCUGGUCAGUGGCGUGCUGAGCAUACCGCAGGGUACAAGCGAGCGAUUUCGUGAUGUGCCUGAAAUGCAGUUGUCAGCAGGUACGGUUAUAGAUGUUAUCGAAGGCGCGCCAAACAAUCAGCCAGAUAAGCAGGCCUUGGAGGCUGCAAAACGCAUAAAAGCGCUUGCUGCGCAUAUGACAGAAAACGAUAUACUCUUUGUGUUGAUAUCUGGUGGUGGUUCGGCGUUGCUACCAUUGCCGCGACCGCCACUAACGCUGGGCGAGAAGAUGCAAUUGGUGCGGCGCUUAGCUAACUGUGGUGCCAGCAUUGAUGAGAUGAAUGUUGUGCGUAUCGCCUUGUCCGACAUCAAGGGUGGACGUUUGGCUGCGACUGCAAGCAAAGCUUUUGCUGUUAUUUCGUUUGUUAUCAGCGACGUCGUUGGCGAUCCCGUCGAUAUAAUAGCAAGUGGACCGACGUGUGCUGUGAUAUCAAAGCGUUCUACAGCAAAGGAAGUGUUGGAAAAGUAUGCAUUAUUUGCUGAUUUGCCUAAGCACAUACGUGAAUUAGUCGAAGUGUCGGAGACGAAAGAACCAUUGACACCCGCGCUCAACAGCUCCGUUUACGUGGUGGGCGACAAUCGCGUUGCUACUGCGCAAGCGGUACAGGAGGCGCUCAAGUGUGGCUACAAUCCAUUUAUAGCCAGCACAACGAUUGAGGGUGAAGUACAACAGCUGACUACCAAAUAUAAAGACUUCUUGCAAAGCAUUUGCGAUUUUCGUAAAGGUAAAUUAAAUGAAAACGAUUUGAAAAGCCGUUUUCCAUUCGAUUCACGCAUCUUUCAGCAUUUUUUAAAAACACUGCUCAUGUGUGAGCGCACACUGAAGCCACUGCUAUUGAUCUUGGCUGGUGAACCGACCGUUAAGGUCACCGGUGCCGGUUUGGGUGGCCGCAACCAGGAGUUGGCUCUACGCAUGGCAGUCACUUCUUACGAAAAUGCAGAUUUUAAUAACGUUAUUUUUCUCUCUGCCGGCACAGAUGGCAUUGAUGGUCCAACGCCAGCGGCUGGCGCUAUCGGUUGCGACUUAGUGAUUAGUGAUUUUUUGGCGAACAACGCGCAUAAACUGUGCGAUGUGGAGUCAGUUUUGCAAGACAGUGAUUCAUAUAGCUUUUAUAAAAACCUCAAAACUGGUGAAUAUCAUGUCCUAACAGGACACACCGGCACCAACGUGAUGGAUCUUCAAUUGUUGCUCAUAGUGUAGCAUAAUUAGCAGAUUGUACAAGUUUAUUUAAAGGAAACUAAGAUAAUCUGUCGUAAAGUAAAAUGAUAUCAAGAAAUUUGU